AUGAACUACGACGAUUUACGCGACCAAUUUUCGGACUACGAGGACGACGACGACUUUGAUGUGGGACAGGAGCGGUAUGAGAGCGACGGCGACGGCGACGGCGAUGAGCUCGGCGAUCUUGACAAUCUGGACGCGUUACCGAAGCGGUUACAAGAGAUUGUUGGGGGCGGGAUUCCGGGCGGGAGUGGGUCUGCAAGCGGCAAAAAGAAGCGAGGAAGAGGCCGAGUGUCGAUUGUGGACCGGGAGCCUGCUCCGGAGGUGAAAAUGUAUCUGGCUCAGGCGUCGGAAUGCUACAUCAACAAGCAGCUUGAUAAGGCGAUUGAAUUGCUUGGUAGGGCGGUUCAACUCGAUCCCAAGGCGUACCAGGCGUUCAAGUUGCUAGUGACCAUCUAUGACGAGCUUGGAGACGCCGAUCGUGCUCUUACCGCCAAUCUUGCCGCGGCCAUUCUCAACCAUCGGGCCAAAGAAGAUUGGUUGGCUGCUGCUGAGCGGUCCCACGCCAUCGGAGGCGCACGGAUGCUCGACCAGGCCAUUUAUUGCUACUCCAAGGUGAUUCAGGUCGACCCAGGAGAUGAGUCGGCUCUUACCGAGAGAGCGGGGCUUUAUAUGGACAAAGAUAUGUGGAAAAAGGCUGAACAGGAUCUCAAGCGACUGCUGGAGAUGCAGCCCGGCGACGAGGCGGUGGUCCGGACCCUCGGGUACGUUUACACUCGGCAGGGAAGAGAAGCCGAUGCUAUCGAGCUGUAUGAGGGCAUUCUUCAGGAGAGACUCGAGAGUCGAGCUGGAGAAAAUGAGGUACUACAACCGUUCACCUUCACACAGCUCAAUUAUCUACUGGACAUGUAUGUUCGGACUGAAUCAUGGGGUAAAGUGUUGAUCAAGGGCAAAGCUGUGGCUCGGUGGUUGCUAGGACGUGCCGACGAGACCUACUGGGAUGAGCAUGCUCUGGAGACUGAUGCCGAGUUUGACGAGCGACGAAAAUCCGUCAAACGCAGUCAGAAUCGCGAUCCAGAGAGCUAUCGUCUUCCGGUGGAGAUCCGAAGUCACAUUUGCAUUGCUCGACUCAAAAUGGGCGAUGCAAAUGGACUUCAGGAGGCCAGACAUCAUCUGGAUAUGUUUUUAGAGGAGGAUAGUGCUGUUUUUGCCGACAUUUUCCUGACUCUGGGCCAGGCGUUCCUGAACGCCAAUCUUUACGCCGAAGCUUUGGAUCUGUUGACUCCUUUGGUUCGUCAUGAUGCAGAUGUCGUUUCCCAGACUGACCUGUAUCUUGCUUUGGCCUCGGCUCUGCACCAUUUGGGCCAUUAUGAAGAUGCCGAGCAGGCGUAUCUAACCGUGUCCAACAUUGACCCCAACAAUGUGGACGCCAUGCUGGGUCUGGCAGAGUCGUAUCAUUUUCAGGAACGGUACGAUGAAUGUACGUCGAUUGUAGACGAGAUUCGAGACUUGCGGGCGAAGCAGAAACGGGAGGAGUUGGAGGAAGAGGUUGGAGAUGGAGAUGAGGAGUCCGGGGUUGUUUUUGUUGCUAGACAGAGACCCAGCACCAAACCCAGCGUCAAGGAGAAGGAGUUGCUUGAGCGAAAGGCGACCGAGGCGUGCAAGGAAAAGUUUGCUGCUUUGGAGCGUCAGCGAGCCGGGCUUCUCCAGGGUAAUGCGGUGGCUGUCUACGAGUGGAUGACAAUUGCUUCUGAGCUGGUCGACUCCUUCUCCUCUGUGAGACAGUUUUAUCCUUCUGACAAACGGCGGGCUUUCAAGGGUAUGACCUUGUCCAAAAAGAGAAAAGAUCGAAUGGAUGUGGAUCACCGGAUCGAAAUGCUCACAGCACGUCUCGAGGAAGAUGUGAUUGACGAGGAGUCGGAAAAUCUGACAGAGUUCCGCGAAAUCCAGUUUUCCGUCUGGUUCGACAUGUUCAUGGAGUACGCGCUGGCUCUAGCUCGUUACGAAGAUACCCCAGCCGAUUGCUACACGGUUCUCAACUACGCCAAAGAAGCCAAUGUGUUCCGCAUGAACUCGGACCGUGUUGAAUGCAUGGACCUCGUUCAUGUGGCCUGUUCUAUCAUUGCCAACGAUUACAGAAUCGCCAAUGAGGAGACCAAGACUCUGAUGAGAACCCUCAAGUUUUACAACGACACAAUCCGACUGUUUUCCGCGGUUCUGCCAUCUGGAGCAGACGCCCAAGCCGUUUUCAACUCUACCAACAACCAAAAGUUCAUCCUCAGAUACAUCAAGGCCGUAGACUCGAUAAUUCUGGGCAAGGAGAUUACCGGCCAGAUGCGAGUCGAAAAUCGCGCCGAUUACGCCGGAGUGCUGCACAAGGAAAACCCUCUACUGCUGACUCUUUAUGGCCACGCUAUGAUUCUGGGUCGAUCCUACGUAUCAGCACUGACCUAUCUUAUGCGGGCACUCAAAGAGUCUCCUCAGGAUCCCAUGGUUCUGUUCACCAUUGCCAUUGCGCAUGUUCACCGAGCCAUUCAACGACAAACCAACAACCGACAUUUGCAGAUUGUCGAGGGUCUGUCGUUUCUCACCCAGUAUAUGGACAUUAGGGAAAACUCGGGCGAUCACGAGUCGCAGGAAGGACACUUUAACAUGGCCCGAAUGGCUCACAUGCUGGGUCUGACGGGAUUGGCAGUGGAGAAUUACAACAAGGUGUUAGAGUUUGAGGGUCUGGAUGAGAGAUAUGACCUCAAGAGAGAGGCGGCGUAUAAUCUGCAGUUGAUUUAUACCGUCAGUGGCAAUGGUAAGUUGGCUCGCUGGGUGGUGGAUAAAUAUCUCACUGUUUAA